GCCCAUGACCAUUGUCAGCCUCCACGGCGACGCUCGAAACUUUCUGCGAUCCAAUGCAUAAUGACGACGACAGCGCGAAAUGACUCUCGUGUCGCAUCCAUGUCCGCCUUAAAUCCGCCCAGACCAGCCAAUCACACGGUUGGCGACGAGAAUCGCCCCCUAUUGCGAGCAAUCGAUAAGAGGCAGACUGUCGCCACAGCAAUAUCUCCUUCUGCCCUACGCUCUUCUAGAAGAGCGGUCGCUGUGGCGCAUCAUCUGGCAUCUGUCGUUCAGUCGCUUGUGAUUCCAGACUCGACAUGUGGGGAAGCCGUAGCGUCCCAGCACCCGAUCAGACUGGUCCACUCACCAAAACAUGGUCCAUAAACUCCUCGCUACCGUAAGUAUACAGCAGGCUUGCCCGCCACCUGCCCAUACUCGACAAACGGUGUAUUUCACAGUCGAAGAGAGAUGCCAACGCCAACCGAUCGACUCAUGCACAAGUACCCAAUACACCACGGACAUUCA